AUGCAGUUCAAGAACCUCGCUCUCCUUACUGCCGUUGCUGGCACUGCUGUCGCAGAAUUCGCUAUCAUCACCACACCGUUCCCCACCAACCUCAACAUUCUCACCGAUAUCGACGGUUACGCUUCGUCCGUGUUGAACGUAGUCGAGACGGGCCUCGCAUCCCUCACGCAAGCCUCCAACCUUGCUGCCGCCAAAUCCGCUCACGAUGGUCUCAAAUCCUUCGUUGCUACCGCUUCAUACUCGAUUCCUAGCGGCGUCACCGAAGUCGGUGCGCUCGAGACCCUCUCUGAGACACCGGCCUGGUACAGCGCGCUUCCCAGCGAUGUGAAGAGCUACUACGACAAGUACAACCAAGAGGUUCAGAGGCUGGUCAACCAGGCUAUCCUCGGCGAGAACGGCACUCUUGCUACUACUACUGGAGCGGGUGCCAGUGGUGCGUCCGCGACAGGUGCGAGUGCAUCUGCGACCGGAACCGGUGCCGCCAUGGCCAACGUCGUUGGCGUGAUGGGCGCUGGUUUUGCUGCCGCGUUCGCCGGUGUCAUGGCCUUGUAA